CCACCCUCAUGAUAACAUCAGCGCCUGUCAGGUGGUUGGUGCGAGAGAGUGUGUGAGCGCGCGCGCGCGGUCGCGCGGGAGCGAGCUCAGGGAGCGCGCUCGCACAAACUUUGUGCCUGCGGGUGCGCCUGGGUCGGCUCGCCUGGCUCCGAGAGUGGCCGGCGCCAGGCUGCGAGGGCCGGCGGCGGCCGAAGGAUGCGCCACUCCCCGCCGAGCCGGUCCCGCCGCUCCAGGUGAGACGACUCCAGGCAAGCAGCGCACCGCGGCCAUGGGCACCCUGGGCAAGGCGAGAGAGGCACCGCGGAAACCUUCCCAUGGCUCCAGAGCUGGCCCUAAAACAAGACUAGAGGCCAAAUCGGUCAACAGCCCUCUCCCUGCCCAGCCCAGCUUGGCCCAGAUCACCCAGUUCCGAAUGAUGGUGUCCCUGGGACAUUUGGCCAAAGGGGCCAGCCUGGAUGAUCUUAUUGACAGCUGCAUUCAGUCUUUUGAUGCAGAUGGAAACCUGUGUCGAAGUAACCAGCUGUUACAAGUCGUGCUGACCAUGCACCGCAUCAUCAUGUCCUCGGCUGAGCUGCUGCAGAAGCUCAUGAGCCUAUAUAAGGAUGCCUUGGAGAAGCAAUCUCCAGGAAUUUGUCUGAAGAUCUGCUAUUUUGUCAGGUAUUGGAUAACAGAAUUCUGGAUCAUGUUCAAAAUGGACGCCAGCUUGACCAGCACCAUGGAAGAGUUUCAGGACCUGGUGAAAGCCAACGGUGAGGAGUCACACUGCCGCCUCAUCGACACGACACAAAUCCACCACCGAGCAGAGCUGAUGUGCCCCUCAGAACUCCAAGAAUACCUGAUAGUUGUCUUUUUUUCCCUCCAGUUCUCUGAUUAUCAAAAUUACCUCGUAAAUAGCUGCGUGAAGGAGAACCCCACCAUGGAGCGGUCCAUCGCCCUGUGCAAUGGCAUCUCCCAGUGGGUACAGCUGAUGGUGCUCAGCCGUCCCACCCCACAGCUGCGCGCAGAGGUCUUCAUCAAGUUCAUCCACGUGGCUCAGAAGCUCCACCAGCUGCAGAACUUCAACACGCUGAUGGCUGUGAUCGGGGGGCUGUGCCACAGCUCCAUCUCCAGGCUCAAGGAGACAAGUUCACAUGUCCCGCAUGAGAUCAAUAAGGUUCUGGGUGAGAUGACUGAACUGCUGUCCUCCUGCAGAAACUAUGACAACUACAGGCGAGCCUAUGGGGAGUGCACCCACUUCAAAAUCCCCAUCCUGGGGGUGCACCUCAAGGACCUCAUUUCCCUGUAUGAAGCCAUGCCCGACUAUCUGGAGGACGGGAAGGUGAACGUCCAAAAGCUCCUGGCCCUUUACAAUCAUAUCAAUGAACUGGUCCAGCUGCAGGAGGUAGCCCCACCACUGGAUGCCAACAAGGACCUGGUGCACCUGCUAACGUUAUCCCUGGAUCUGUACUACACAGAAGAUGAAAUCUAUGAGCUCUCCUAUGCCCGCGAACCAAGGAACCACAGAGCCCCGCCACUGACUCCUUCGAAGCCGCCAGUUGUAGUGGACUGGGCCUCUGGAGUGUCUCCCAAACCAGACCCAAAGACCAUCAGCAAACAUGUCCAGAGGAUGGUGGAUUCUGUCUUCAAGAACUACGAUCUCGACCAGGAUGGCUACAUCUCGCAGGAGGAGUUUGAAAAGAUUGCCGCAAGCUUUCCAUUUUCCUUCUGCGUGAUGGACAAAGACAGGGAAGGCCUCAUCAGCAGGGAUGAGAUCACAGCCUACUUCAUGAGGGCCAGCUCCAUCUAUUCCAAGCUGGGCCUGGGCUUUCCUCACAACUUUCAAGAGACCACCUACCUGAAGCCUACUUUCUGUGACAACUGUGCUGGCUUUCUCUGGGGAGUGAUCAAGCAAGGAUAUCGCUGUAAAGACUGCGGGAUGAACUGCCACAAACAGUGCAAAGACCUGGUCGUGUUCGAGUGCAAGAAGAGAAUCAAGAGCCCAGCGGUAUCCACGGAGAACAUCAGCUCCGUGGUGCCGAUGUCCAACCUUUGCCCACUGGGAACCAAAGAUCUGCUCCAUGCACCCGAGGAAGGAGCGUUUAUAUUUCAGAAUGGGGAGGCUGUGGACCACAGCGAAGACAGCAAGGACCGGACCAUCAUGCUCCUGGGGGUGUCCUCCCAGAAGAUCUCAGUGCGGCUGAAGAGGACUGUUGCCCACAAGACCACCCAGACGGACCCGUCCGCUUGGGUCGGCGGCGAGAUGCCGGCUGGCCACUUAGUGCUGUCCUCCCCACGGAAGCCAGCCCAGGAUGGUCUGUAUGUGCUUCCCAGCCCCACAUCCCCAUGCCCCAGCCCAGUGCUGCUCCGGAAGCGGGCGUUCGUCAAGUGGGAGAACAAAGAAUCGCUUAUAAAACCCAAACAGGAACUUCACCUCAGACUCCGGACCUACCAAGAACUGGAACAGGAGAUAAAUACCCUGAAAGCUGAUAAUGAUGCCCUGAAGAUCCAACUCAAGUACGCACAGAAGAAGAUAGAGUCCCUUCAACUUGCAAAAAGCAAUCAUGUCUUAGCACAGUUGGACCGGGGUAAUGGCUCCUAAUCCAGAAAUCAAGAAACAGAAUCUGUGGACGAGUAUCCUGGGAUCUCACUUCAAAAACAUCGCAGAGGCAGAGGUUCGGGCAACUUCAGAUUAACAGUCUUGAAAAGGGGCAAGCCAGCCACUGUUGCCAGUGUCAUUGUUUUUCUACCUGACAUACUCUUAAUGUGAGUCACUGGUUUUCAGUCAGCUGACUCAAUGGGAAGAAAAGCUCAAGUGUGUUAAGCUUUGAGCGCUCAUAUUCAAAUCUCGUUCUUUCUUUACUGGAACCAACACCAAACGUGUGCUAAAAAAAGACCAUCGUUUCCUGACAGUGUCUCGGGCAGUCUGCUUUACUGAUCCGUAGAUAAAAAGUCCCUGGAGGAUCAACUUGUUGCCUUCCCCAAGGUUUCUGCAAACUGAAAAUUUUACUUUAACCCAAAAGCCUGCACUUCAUGGAAAUACCCUAAAAGUGGUGACUUGGACAUGCUUGCAUGGUUUGUGAGACUGAUUCCCUACUUCACUACCUCAGAUCUGACCGAGCGCCUCCUCCCUUCCCUGUCCUUCCUCACCACCCCCUCCCUUGUUUGUAGGCACAUCAGUCUACCUACCUAGAAGGGAACUGCUAGAGAUGGAGCCCGAUUUUAAAUCCAGGACUUUUUAAUUGAACUUGACAUUACCCAAUUGCAGGCCAACUCAUAGCUCUAGGUCUUAGGCAUCAUGAAAUACAAACUAAAACUCACUAUCUACAAACAGCAAUCACUAUUUCAUACACAGCUAAUUAGCUAACACAAACGACAUAAAAAUGUUUGUUCAGAUAUUCUCUAGUGGGUACAACUAAGAAUCCGUGACUUUUUAAAAGGAAUGGUCUGGACAGUGUUUAAUUCUUCAUGGUCGAAUUUCUCUCUCUCUCUCUCUCUCUCUCUCUCUUUAAGUAAACUAUCUUAAGGUUUUCUUUUUAACUGAAUUCAUGCUUAACCUGUCUUACUUCUACUAUCUAGAAAUAAGCUAAUGGACAUGACGCUCUAAUGGCUGACGGCAUGUACAUAUGUAUAGAAUAUGUAGAUACACUAUCAGGCAUGCGUGUAGCUUGGACUUUCCUUUAGAGAAUGCAGAUGUGAAUCAGACACCUUUUAGGAAAUGACACAAAUUCACACAGAUAGUUCUCUUCGUUAUAACACAAACUGCUAACAAUGUGAAUUGUAUUCUUCUGCAAAACCACGAGUACCAGUCUCUGUGUAUUCUAUCACGAAAGGGUAAAAGUCAGCAGUUUUGACUUGUUGCCUGGGAAGCUAUUCACAGAGUCUCCUGUCAGCUUCUUUUCAUCUUUCAAAAGCAUUUCAUCUGAGUGUGUCCUUUGGGGGAGACUUUGCUUCCAUGCUUAGAAGGUCUGGCACCAUGCUAACUUGUAAUCCAUACACAGGACGAACAGCUUCCAAGACUACCAUCUAACAAAAUAAGUUCCAAACCUACAGCCAACCAUGUCUCCAGAGGAAUGCGAACCGUAUGUGGUGCUGCCCCCUAAAGUACUCGGAUCACUUACGUUUGUUUGGUGAAAGACCAAUGCCCAUUUGUGUACCUCUUUGUGGAGUUUAGUGACAAAGACCUGGCUUGUGGUUAAAGUUUCACUAGAACCACUUUACGCACAAUUUCAUCCUCAUUCUAUAUAGAAACUUGGAAAUUCACAAAGCAUAGCGACCACCUCAUACAUACACCGCUAGCAGGUGUAAUAUGGAACAAUUAUUUGGAACAAUUAUGAGUAAUGACA